GCGCGGUGGACGUGGUGUUGUGUGUGUGCGGGCCUGUGUCCCACCCUCCCCUAUCCCCUCCGAAAUAGCUCCAUCCGCCGCGGCCAGUGUCCUUAUUUAUUUAUUACUCUCGGGCACCGAUGCCAGCCACCAUGGCGAUUCGCGUCGAUCUCGGCAGGAUUCCGAUGUCGAGGACCCUGCUGCGUGUGGGUGCUCCUCGCUCGCCGCGUUCCGUCAAACGCUGCCUCUUCGACGCGGUCGACCACGGCGACGUGAGACGCCAACUCGCCAAGGAGAGCGACGCACGGUUGGAUCGCUUCCGCCGCCAGUACAACUUCGAUCUGCGCACCGAGACGCCGCUGCCCGGACGUUACGACUGGAAUGAUUCACCGGUGUCGACGACGACGACGACGAUUCAAGCUCGCGACGCCGUUGCUAGCGACGCCACCCAAGAGGUGCGACCGGCGGCGAUAGCGUCGCAAGUGCCCGUCACCUCCGAGCGUCGCGAAUCGGAAAGUCGACAAGUUUCUAUCACGGCAUUCUUCCAGAGUCGCAAGAGGCGGUCGCAAGAGCCGGACAAGAUGACGUCACCGGUGCCGUCCAAGGUCCUCCGCCAGCGGGCGCUGCCGCAGUUUCCGAUGGGCGGCCAAUGAACCACUGCCCCUGUACAUAACGGAAGCACAUCGUCGCCUUGGGAGAAUUACGUGUGCAGAAAGAACAAGGAAGCAACGCUUAGCGGGGAGAAUUGCUGCGGAGUCGUCGUCUUGCUUGCGGAUGGAUGCCUCGCUUCUUCGGUCACCCGGUUCUCGUGUUUCAAGAUGGCGGCGAAGAGAAGACCACUCCCCCCUCCAGGUCCAAGCGGCGUCCGCGAAUCUACUAGUCUGUCUGUCUGUGGGGACACCACUCUAUAUGGAUUUCGGACGAGAGAGAAAGUACGCGAGAGAGUAGAAUUGAGAUGAACAGAACGUUUUGAAAAAUGUGAAAAAUAUUAUACUCCGAUAUGUUUAUAUCAAAUGGUAUCUGUUUCAAUAGACCCUUUUCCGAGAGUGCGCGCCAUCUACUAGCGACUGGGCCGGUUACCCGGGAAACGAGACAAAAGAGGAAGAGAGAGAGAAAAAAAAGCCUGAAGGUGAGAGAAGCAGGAGAAAUAAAAGGGCACAGGGAAAGCGGAAGAUGACAACUGAACGCGUAGCACUCGCCCAGCGAGAGAAAGAGGGGGAGAAAAGAAAGGAUGUUUUCCGUUAUUUAAUUACUAUAAAUUAAUUAUAUUCUUCUUAUGAUCUCAGGGCUCCCUAACGGUAGGUGUAUGUUCAGUGGGAGGGAGUCCGCACACAUUUAUUAUGCUAAUAUUAUGUAUUGUCGUCUUCUAGCUGGCGAUUUGUUUUUUUCCCUUUGUGUACCUGAAGUAAAGUAGGUAUCGCUUGUUUCUUUUUUUUUUUUUUUCGUUUCGGGGAGAUGUAAGCGAAUUCACGAGUUCCUACGUAAUAAGCAAAACACUUUCUAAGAUCUCAAAUAACACCUGGAAGGGCGGUUGAACCACCGGAAUGAUAGUGGAUAUAUACAUAUAUAAAUAUAUACUGUGUAUAAAAAAGUACUACUGUGGUGGCACCGGUUUUUGUUGGUUGGUGAAGGAAAAACAAAAUGUAACAAGAGAAGUGCUGAUCAGUGAUGAUCUCGAUUGUUUUUUUUUUUUUUUUUUUUUGCUUUGCUUUGGCGCCAAUUUUCGAGAAGUGACCUCGUUUUGGGGAAACGUACAUACUGUCUGUGGAUUGUUGGCGAUCCUUGAGCAUUUUGUUCAGGAAGAACAAUUACAUGGGUUGGUUUCGUUGUUUUUUUGUUUUUUUUUCGCUCAAUUUCUGAGGUUAGUACGAGUCGUGCUGUUUUAUCGUCUUUAAGUGGCGUCACCUUAUGCCCCCCUUCCCUUUCCACCCACUUUUUUCGUUUAAAUUUGUGAAUCACACCCGUCUAUUGGUUGUCUACAGAAUCGCUAUAAAACUUGUCACAUCAAAAAAUACAGUUUUUACGGUGUUUGACGUUGCCCUUACAAUGCUUGGUUGUCUUAAGAAUGCCCUUUGCCUUUGAAAUCUGUACAUUUUGCUACCGUUACGAAUAACUGAUACUAAAAUCACCCGCGGGCGUCUUAAUUCUCCUCAUAGAGGUGGAACUGUGUAAUGCUACGCGAUAAGGCGAACUUUUUAUUUAGUUUUUUUUUUUUUUUGAGGUGAUAACGUUUGUAGUAAAUGAUAUUACGCGCUCUGUAAAAGCCCAGAAUGUACCUUUUUGUUUAUCUUUUUAUAAAGACGGCAAUAUGCGGUGGAAGCUCAAACUGCGUUUGGCAUCUGGAAAGAGGAGGCACGCUACAUUUUUUUUGCCUUCUCCGGGACUCAUUUAGAGUCGCGGAGCAGGCGGCUGUUGAGGUAGCGCAGCUCUUCUUCUGUACGCCAACGGUAGUUCGAGAUUUCGCCGCUGCAUCAGGGGGCCUGGGCAUGCGCAGAACUCUUCCUGGGAAGAAGGUCCGUUGUGAAGCCGUUCCGCCAGACACUUGACCUCAGUGCUGGACGACAUGUGACAUCACCUGGAAGGCAAAAUUGUGAAACAGGACUAGUAGACAGUCACCUAAUGACGCAGCAGUCUUGACUCUGAGCCACCACUUCCUUGUAAGGAAUAGCCCGUCGCACUUUUCUUUUCAGACUUGUUAAUUUUUUUUUUUUGCGAUGUCAUGCGGUUUAGCACAGGGCUCAUCCAUUAAAUCGUUUUUCUUUUACACUUUGGGUUUGCUCGGAGCUAGUAUACUGGGAAAGUUUGGCAGUGCCUUUUUUGAAAUCCUACACGGUCUGUCCGGCAACGGAAAAAAUCUAACCGCACCUGUCCGCCAUUUUGUUUCACUGGCCGGGUUGGGAAGCUGAGGUUUCUCGGUGGAACAGUACGAAACAUUGAAGGCAUCUUGUGCUCUUUCGAAGGUCAUACAUACACUGAGGUCUCCCGGUAUAACUGAAUCUGGGUUCGCUCGGAAGAAAAAUCAGUUUGCUUAUAAAUAUAUGGAUGUCGGGAACCUUUGUCACAACCUGGAGUGCGACUGGUGUCGGCGACCCUUCGAAGUUUUGAAAGAAAAAUUCGACGAAGCCUGACUUUUUUAAGCAGUGUUGCCCGAUUGCCGCACAGUUGUCUUCUCAAUCGAAGGAAACUAUAUAUGCGAUAAUUUGUUGGACAUAUAAAAGCAUGAUUACCAGUGCUUACACAAUAUUACAACAAACAUAAAAAAAUUAUGAUAGAGUUCAUUCGUCCAAAUGCUGCACCGCUCUUUCGCCAGGCGGCGCUAGCUUGUUCUUAAUGUACACAUAUGCGCAUAACUGUCGAGCUCCUAUCGAAAUUCUACCGAACUUGGAGUUGAAAGUUCGAAGAAGUUAAACCUGGUCGAAACUCUAGCCUGGCAGGGGUUCCAGACAUCACUAAUUGACAAUUCUGCGAAGAAUUGGUACGUUGUGCGGUCGCAGUCAUGUUUAAGUGGAGCAAGUGCUAAGCCUAACCCUGGAAUAGCUUUGGUACUUUUUUUUUUGUUCUAUGUGCUCGUGCAUGAUUCUGCACAAAUAUAAACGUAUUUAUCUCUGUCACAUCACCUUUGUUCGUUCACAUGAAUUUGCCCCAGUGUUAUUGUGCUUUCGUUUUUAUUUUCCAAAUCAAAAGUCCUUCCCCGGUGCUCCUGUUAAAUGUGAAUGUGACUGUACAUAUAUCUCUUCUUCUCAGUCUGUGAAGACAUGGGUAAAGAAGUAACCACCAAAUUGUUGAAAUUUACUUCGUCUGUCGCCUCAAUGGGUCAAAACAUUUUCGUGUUACUCGGCGUAAGAAAAUGGCGUCUAUUUUUAUUUUUUUUUUGGUUUAGGUGAUGGGUACAGUGAGAGGAAACAAGGAAAACCUCGCAAAAUGAUCUCGAACAUUCUGUUUCUUUUACUUGUACAGUUCUUGUUUUCACCUUUUUUUUUUUUUAAUUUAAAAACCUUCCUCACAUUUGCCACUGGUUUCUCGAACCCUCACGUGAUCGCACGGUUUUUGGGGGCCAGUUCCUCUGUUUCACCCGCCAACCGGCGCAAGUUUUCGCCGCAACACUGGGACAGGUGGCGCAAGACGCCGCCCGAUUGAAAGCUAGGUUUCGGCCGUAUUCAUCCAUCCAUUUGUGUGAAUGGAUGGAUGCGUGAUUACGUCUUCCCCAGCUCACGUUUUCUCCACUCAGUGGCGUCGCCUUCCUCAAGAGUAGCGUAGAGAGCCCAGAUUGAAAGAGUGGGUCAAUCUACGCGAACCAUGGGGGGAGCGGUUGCAGUUUAAUGGCGGACGACGCCUGCGGAGAUCGGUCGCGACUGCGCAUGCUCUUCGUUUUUUGCGUGGAAAGGAGGAAAGCAGGCGGGAAGGCGGCAACGUUCGCAGACGACCAACGCUUUUUGGCACCUCCUUGCAGACGCGGCCCAUAAAUCACGUGACCGCUCCCCCCCCCCCCCCCCCCCCCUCUCCCGGAUCGAGCAGCUGUUAUGAGUUUCGGAUGCAUUACACAGAAUGAAAAGCAGGUAUGACAACGGAUAGAGCUUCAAGUAUAUGUGGAGCCUGGAAAACCUACCCUUUCAAAAUGGCCACCCGACAGCGAGUUGUCACAGCCCCCCCAAAACCGUUGCGGCAUAGGAAAAAAAGGUGGCGAACCAUUUUUUUGUUUGUUUGUUUCUUCUGUAGACUGUUCGGUAUGUAGGUCAAUGCCAAAUAUUCAGAACAUAGAGGUGACAUGUCAAGAUUUUUAUAUAAAAAAGAAGUAUAGUGAAUCAUCCUUCGAUUUUUGGCAUGUCUUCAUUCAUGAGAACAUUGUCGUGCAUUACCUGUAUCUCGAGUGGGUUUUUACAGUGAUUAAAUGCGUAAUUUUUUUAGACGGCAUUGCUGGAACGUAUGGACGACGUGAUUUUUGGCACCAUGCAUCGUUUUGUAAUGUAGCAGUAAAUACGCAGACUAAAAAUGUUUUCGGUGAUCAGAUUGAGUUGUAUACUAAUAUAAAGGGAGAAAAAAAAAACGUAGCUUUAUUUACGCUUGGAAAGAAAUUGUUUCUUUUCGGCUGCCGAUUUCGUCGAAAUGUCUUUUUUUUUUUUUUUUCUCAUAUAAAACAGAAGUUGUUUCCCGCGUGAUUUUAUUAAUAAAGGAGGUAAAAUAAUAAAUUUAUGAAUUUUCGAGAUCGUUUACGAGGUUCUAACGCCAAUAAAUUAAAGAAAAUUUAAUCGACAUUUGCGGUUUUAAUUUUCUGAAACAAAAUCCCGUUUUUUUUUUUUAGAUACUGCUGGUUUUUUUUUUUUUUGUUUUUUUUUUAACGCGCUAUUACAUUGUGGUGCCGCCACCGCCUGUGGAGAGUGCAAUAAUUAACUGAUAAUGAAAACAUAGAUGACGGAAAGUGCUAUAUCGCAGUAACCUUGUUUCGUAGGACAAUGUUUUCUUUUUUUUUUUUUUUUUGGUUUUCGAAAGUUUUGUUAACCAAGUGGACAUGGUAUCUUCCUUCUGCAGUGUGUGUUCUUUUACAAUUGUUUAUGAUUUUUUAAAUUUGAUUUGCCGUUUAAAGUGAUGCAACAAAAUGCGUUCAAAACCAAAAUUGCAUUAAUCGUUUUCACGGCAGCUAAAAUCAUUACGACAA